UUAACGAAGGGAGACACCGUCUCCGUGCUGGAUAUCGUGCAGAGACACAGCUGUGUCUCGUUUGGAUUGGGAGAUAUAUUGAACAAGUCGGGCACCAUACACAUAGCACACAUAGCCUCAUGGCCGCAAGGCACAAAAGACCCCUCCGUCUACAUCAAGGUCAACGUCGAGGGCACCCGAGCCGUCAUCGACGCAGCUGGCGUCCGUAGGCUCGUCUAUACGAGUUCCGCAGGCAUCGUAUUUAAUGGCACCGACGUCGUGAAGGUCGACGGACGAACAUCCUGUUCACACAAGCCAUUUGACAUGUGUAGUCUACUGCCUUGCCACUCUACCACGCCGAGCGAAUUCAGGCUAGACCCCGAGAGCACGGCGGCAACGCUCAACGAAUCCCUACACCGUGCUCUCUCUCCCAUAUGUGCCACAACCGAAUAUCACAGCAUGAUGCGCAGUUCCAUGCAGACACUCAGUCCCUAUGUCACACCUGCACCCAACACUGAAUCCAUCCUAUCCACGUUCAACACCCCAUUUGACCCGCGUGAACUCACGGACCCCUUCGACUGUUCUCGAGUCGAGGGGCGAGCGUUCUUCGUCGCAGUUGGAGGGCCGGGUUGUAUCUUGGACUUUACAGGGAUAUACGACGAGUACGAGCGAAGACUAUCGCCCUUAAAGGUACAAGAGAGAUCUCGACAGGGGAGGGGCAUAGAGGAUUCAUGUGCUGAGCUCGGCAGCUCGAUCUUUCUCCUUUAUUUUGUGUCAUAUCACUUACAGCUACGUUACUAUAGGAAAGUUCAGUGUCUACAAAGAAGUAGGAGCGACAUCCAAGUGGCUGCGGUGUGGAAGUGCAAAGCAACACACGAGAACGAACACCGGACUAUCAAAUCGAAGCUACACGAGACAAUUCGACGGUUCUACUACGAGUGGGGGAUUCGGGAAGACGGACAUCUGCAACGAAUUGCGAUCGCGAUGCAAGAGACUAUGACAAACUACGAGCAAAGGACAUGUGGAGGUCUAGGACAUACGAAGGAAUCGACAGGUGGCUACUGACGUCUGGAAGAGAAGAAGACGAAGCGAGUUCGAGUAGGCGAGAGGGCGAGCAAUAUGCAAAGAUCGAGGAAGGGCGAUGCUGGCUGGAACGAUGGAGUCGCAUGCAGAAUGUUCAAGCCGACGUGGAUUCUUAGACAGAGACCGAGCGCUCUUCGUUUCUUUUUGUUUUCGUGAUAACUUACUUACAGGUAUUCGGUGUUAGGGCAUUCGACGAGUUCAA